AUGGCAGCUAGAGAAGAGGAAACGUCACCGGAGAAAAUGAAAACCGAGGCGGCCGUGAAAGGAGAAGAGGAAGCAGACGACGAGCACGAUUCCAAGGAGAGAGUUCUACAGAGAUACUUUCUGCAAGAGUGGAAGCUCGUUAAAUCCCUUCUCGAUGAUAUUGUCUCGAAUGGCCGCGUCGUCGAUCCUUCCUCUGUUCAGAAGAUCCAAUCCAUCAUGGAUAAAUACCAGGAGCAAGGUCAACUAGUGGAGCCCUACUUAGAGAGCAUAGUGUCUCCGCUAAUGUUAAUCGUCCGCUCGAAAACAGCUGAAUUGGAUUCGAGAUCUCAUGAGAUUCUCGAAAUAAUCAAGCCCAUAUGCAUCAUUAUCUAUACUCUAGUCACGGUCUGUGGUUACAAAGCUAUUAUCAAGUUUUUUCCGCAUCAAGUAUCCGAUCUGGAACUCGCCGUGUCGCUCCUGGAGAAGUGCCAUAGCACGACUUCUGUUUCUUCGUUGAGGCAAGAAAGCACUGGAGAAAUGGAGGCCAAAUGCGUUACUCUCUUGUGGCUUUCGAUCCUUGUGUUGGUUCCGUUUGAUAUUUCGUCUGUUGAUACAAGCAUUGCAAACGAUAAGAGCUUCGGUGUGGACGAUCUUGCUCCUUUGGUAUUGAAGAUUUUAAGUUUCUGUAAAGACUAUCUUUCCAAUGCUGGACCGAUGCGGAGGAUAUCGGGAUUGCUCCUCUCUAAGCUUUUAACGCGUCCUGAUAUGGGAAAGGCGUUUACAAGUUUUGUUGAGUGGACACAUGAAGUUUUAUCUUCUAAGGAAGAUAGUGUGGUGAACCACUUUCGCUUGCUUGGUGUGAUGGAGGCUCUUGCCGCCAUUUUCAAGACUGCUAGCCCGAAACUGUUGAUGGAUGUGCUUCCUACUGUUUUAAAUGAUGUGACCGUGCUAAGCAAAUCAAAGGCAGCAACGAAAAGUCCUCUGCUUCGCAAGUAUUUGAUCAAGCUAACUCAGAGGAUAGGACUUGUUUGUCUUCCUCAUCGCUCACCUUCCUGGCGCUAUGUGGCUCACACCGCCUCCCUUUCUGAGAAUAUGUCUACAAGUUCGACCCAAAGAUUGGCGCCGGAUCAUGCCGUCACUGCCGUCUCACAACCGGAAAGUUCGGAUGAGCAAGAGGAUGAAGAUAUGGAUGUUCCAGAAAUCUUAGAAGAGAUCAUUGAAAUGCUACUCUCUGGUUUGAGAGACUCGGACACUGUGGUUCGCUGGUCUGCUGCAAAGGGUAUAGGUCGUGUAACUUCACGACUAACAUCUGUUCUUUCCGAAGAGGUGCUGUCAUCUGUAUUGGAGCUGUUUUCGCCAGGAGAGGGAGAUGGUUCAUGGCAUGGUGGGUGUCUGGCUUUAGCUGAACUUGCUCGUAGAGGGUUACUGUUGCCUAGAAGUUUCCCACAAGUUGUCCCAGUUAUUGUGAAGGCACUCCAUUAUGAUGUCCGUAGAGGUCCACAUAGUGUUGGAUCUCAUGUGCGUGAUGCAGCUGCCUAUGUUUGUUGGGCAUUUGGGCGGGCUUAUUACCACAAAGAUAUGAAAAACGUCCUGGAUCAGCUUGCUCCAGAUUUAUUGAUAGUGGGUUCCUUUGAUAGAGAGGUGAACUGUAGAAGGGCUGCUGCCGCUGCUUUCCAAGAGAACGUUGGAAGGCAAGGAAAUUACCCUCAUGGGAUUGACAUAGUGAACAUAGCUGACUAUUUUUCCCUUUCGUCUCGGGUUAACUCUUACCUUCAGGUUGCUGUUUCCAUUGCUCAGUAUGAAGGUUAUCUAUAUCCUUUUGUGGAUGAGUUGCUAUACAACAAGAUCUGCCACUGGGAUAAAAGCUUGAGAGUACUUGCUGCAGAAACUCUUGCUGCUCUUGUCAAAUACGAGCCUAUCCACUUCGCCAAUUAUGUGCUGGAGAAGCUAGUUCCCUGUACCCUUUCAACUGAUCUGUGCAUGCGUCAUGGUGCAACAUUGGCAGCUGGAGAGGUUGUGUUAGCUCUGCACCAGUCUGGCUAUGUCCUUUCUACUGAUAUCAAUAAGCGUAUGGCUGGGAUUGUUCCUGCCAUUGAGAAAGCACGCCUUUAUCGUGGAAAAGGUGGAGAAAUAAUGCGAUUGGCGGUCUCACGGUUUAUUGAGUGUAUCUCGUUAUCGCAUGUGACAUUAUCUGAGAGAACCGAAGGGAUCCUGCUUGAUACCCUCACUGAGAAUUUAAGACAUCCCAAUUCUCAAAUUCAGAAUGCAGCUGUCAAUGCUAUUAAACAGCUUCUGCAAUCCUAUCUCAUUGGAAAUGAUAAAAAAUGCGUUGAUUUAAUAUCAAAACACCUAAAACAUCUGACGGACCCAAACGUAGCUGUUCGAAGAGGCUCUGCACUUGCACUAGGUGUUUUGCCGUAUGAACUAUUGAUUGCAAAAUGGAAGGAUGUUGUUUUGAAGCUAUGCAGUGCGUGUAAGAUAGAGACGAAUCCUGAAGAUAGAGAUGCUGAGGCACGCAUGAAUGCUGUUAAGGGACUCACAUCCGUGUGUGAGACUCUUACUCAGCAAACUGCUAGUGCUCUUGAAAAUGAUGACCUGUCUCUUUUUCUUCUGAUCAAGACUGAAGUGAUGGAUACUUUACUGAAAGCUCUUGAUGACUAUUCUGUUGAUAACAGAGGUGAUGUAGGCUCUUGGGUUCGUGAAGCUGCAAUCCAUGGACUUGAGAUAUGUACAUAUAUCCUCUGUAAGAAAAUCGGCACAGGCGAUCAUAACAACGAUAACUCCUUACAUUUCGAUUCAAAUCUGGCGACCCGUCUUAUUGGAGGUAUUGUGAAGCAAGGAGUGGAGAAAAUGGAUAAAUUAAGAGAAACCUCCGCAAAAGUUCUUCAAAGGAUUUUGUAUCACAAAACUGUAACCGUCCCUUUCAUACCUCAUAGAGAAAAACUGGAAGAAGUUAUUCCCAACGAAGAAGGCCUACGAUGGGCGGUCCCGACCGUCUCUUUCCCACGUUUCGUUCAGUUAUUAGCAUUCCGUUGUUACAGCAAAGAGUUGAUGUCUGGACUAGUAAUUUCGACCGGAGGAUUACAAGAGUCACUCCAAAAGGCUUCAUUCUCUGCAUUGCUGCAGUAUAUGAUGGGGGAAGGUGAAGAAGAAGCUAAAGACCCUGAAGAACAAUGCUCCAGAGAGUCUGCAUUGUUUGAGGACAUCCUCUGUGUACUUCAAGAGUACAAGAAAUGUGACCGAGUUAUCAUACCCUGUCUCAAGACAAUUGAAGAGCUCUUCGGCGAAAACAUCUUUCAGAAUGAAGAGGCUUAUACCUUGAGUUUCUACAAGGGAGUGGUGGAUUCGUUAGCCAUCGAACUAAGAGCGUCAAAGGAAUUCGCAAAGUUAGAGGCAGGCAUUAAAAUACUUGGAUCUGUUGCUUCAGUCUCGGAACCAAUCAGCAAACAAGCCUUCUCUCAGCUUCUAUCAUUCCUUGCCCACCGAUACCCAAAGAUCCGAAAGGAGGCAGCAUUAGAAGCCCAUUUAGCGCUCCUUCAAAACAGUAUCUUAGUAGCGGAGGACAAGGUUGAGAAUGUUGAAGAUAUAAUAACUAACUCUUAUUGGGAUGCUGACAUGGAAUCAACCAAAUCUCAGAGGUUAGAGUUGUGUGAAUUGAUUGGUUUAGAUCAUGGAGUUGUGUUCAGGACCAGAAACAGAACUGUGACUAAGGGUAUCGCCGUAACUGCUUCGGACGAGAAUGCGGCUUACUCAUCUCUGGUCGAUUCCUCUGGCUUCUGA